UUCACUUCAGCCUUCCAUCGUGCGCUUCUGCCUGCAUCACUGUCUCAUAUAUUGACGAAGACCCUCACCACGAUUGAUCUCUAUCCUAUGACAUACCUAAGACGAUGCGUCGUCAUCGUAGGAAAAGUGGAUUGCUAAACCCUUGGUUCUGAGAGAGCCGCGUAGCGCUAAGCCACGGCUUGCUCAGCAAGCAACCUACUUAGUUGACGUUUGGUCUCUGCGACUAUUCACAGGCGUAGGCGGCGAUACAAGACAAGCAGUUUGCGUACGUCUUGGAUUGAAACCCCGUUUGCGACCCUUCACCCUCCUUCUGGAAAUCGGUUUUGGAGCUGAGGUCAUGGCCAACACGGAGUUGCUGGAUUGUCCUCUUUGCGCUUUCUCAGUGCUCCAAUCUGACAACUAUGUCCUGCAAUUGCAUUUCGAACAAGUCCACACCUCAGACUCUCCCUUCCAGAUUCAAAAUGACCCGGAGCCGCUACCGCCAGCAUUGCCAGCAAGGCCUUCCUCGAACCAACCUAAACACGUGGGCUCAGACACACCUUCCGAAGACGAAGACGAAAACAGUGUUCUUUGCCCAGAGCCCGACUGUGGCGAGCUUGUUCUCCUCACCGACUUCAACGAUCAUCUCGACUUGCACGCCGCAGAAACAUUAUCAUUUGACGAGGCUACCGGAACGUAUCAUCAUCACAAACGACCAUCAUCAGACAAUAUGCAGGCUUUAACCCAUUCAAAUCACCAUACAGGAGCUUCGAAACAAUCAUUCCUAGAGCAGAACUUCAACACGGCUUUACCGGACGCUCUGAGAAGAAAUGAUGACAGUGGACGCAAGUUGAAAAAGAAAAUCAGAGGUAGGGGUGACUCUAGUGGCAGUGAGAAGAGUACGCUUGCCAGAAGUAUUCUCAGCUUCAAUCCGUUUGCGAAGCAGAGUAAGAUCGUGAAGCCGCCACCUAGCAGCAUUCGCCUUGGCAGGGCUGAACUUGGUCCCCAUGCCUGGGAAGACCGCAUGCCCAGGUGGCUACAUGAUCAGCUUGCAGCCGGUCCUAAGGUUAUUCUUGUCAACAAGAUCGGUCGAGAUGGCCGCCUCAUCAAGCAAGAGGUAGUGCAGAACGAGACUCCGGGAGUCAUUCCUAUUCUCGCUCAGCUGUCGGCGCUGGAUCGUUCUGUUAGGGAAGCUUAUUACUGCCAUCCAUCGACUCUCCAUGUCGGCAAGACACCAAAAGAAGGUGGCUUUUGCGGUUACCGCAAUAUUCAGAUGCUCAUAUCCUACAUUCAAGGUGCUCAUGCUCAAGGGUAUGAGGAUUUCACCGGACGUACACCAGGCAUCUUGAGGCUUCAAGACCUUAUUGAAAGGGCUUGGGACAAGGGUAUCAAUGAGAUCGGGCGUGCUCAGACCGGUGGUAUCCGCGAUACCAGGAAGUACAUUGGUACUCCAGAGGCACAAGCGCUCUUUCUUAGUUCCCAAAUUGACUGCGGGGUCGAGAUGUUUAGUGACUCGCCCGACGGCCAAGUCGAAGCCCACGAGCUUCUCCUCCUCGCUGUCGAGAGAUACUUCGCGCAAGCCGCCGUCGACGACGGUUCGAAUGUCCACAAAACGCUUCUUCCACCCAUCUAUCUCCAACAACCAGGCCAUUCACUCACCAUCGUUGGCUUCGAGCGCCGCAAGGACGGCAGCUGCAACUUGAUGAUAUUUGAUCCUAUGUAUAACACUAGCCCGGCUAUGCAUCGACUGAUUGGUCGCAAGAAUAUCCGGAAUAGUCGACCUGAGGUUCUUUAUGCAUAUCGGAGGGUAGGGAAGCAACUGAGGAGGCAUGCUGCUUUUGAGAUUCUUAUGCUCACAGCACAUCCGCCUCUGUUCCCGGCUUGGGAUGUCCUCCGCCAGUUCCCUGACUGCCGCUACCUCUAUGUCUUCUUCCGCUCCCGUACUCUCGGCUACGACGUUUACCCCGAAGACCACUUCCUACGCAAUUUCCCCUGGCAACAGUAUGGCGGCCUCUGGGUGGUUGAUGACGCCCGCUUCGCCCGAUCUGACAAAAUCAAUCCGCUUACGGCCCAAGCACUUCGUCGACUCACUAGCGAAGGAUCCUCUUCUGGAUAUGGAUCUGGAUCUUCGAGACACGAUAGCAUGUUCUCUGGCGGAGGCGAAUCUUUCAACAGUGGGUCGUUCAGUCAUUCGUCUGGAGGUCCGAGGGGAAUGCGAAGUGGAGCGUCUACCAGACACACAUCCUUCAUGUCCUCUUUUGACGGCACACUGCCUAUUGCGUCCACGCCCAUCAAACAAGAACUUAAUGCCCUUAACCACGCCCUCGACAUGCUUGGAAUGCACACGGCGCAACCCCUCACCCAACCAAUGCCAACUCGCCUCCAACCACCAGUACUUUCCAUUCAAACUGGUUUCGGGAGAAAAGUCCCCGGUUACCCGACUCCCAUUUCCCCAACCUCCAGCGCAAAGGCUUGGUACCCGUCCCCUUUAUCUGAUGCCGGAAGCGGCAUCGUGACGCCUCGAGCCGGAAGUCCAAUGAGCAUCGACGGGUCGGAGGUGUGUGGGCCAGCUCAUCUGUGCCUGUCUCAUUCGUAUGAAUCCUACAGCUCGCAACUUUAUCAGACCGUCCCUGGUACUGUGAACGCAAAAGGCCAGGUUAAAGAUUCCGGAUGUAACGCGCCUGGUUGUCGCAACCGAACGGCUGGGCAGGAAUUUGGUCAUGGUCAAGAUCAAGCAUACCGCGUUCGUAACUCAUCGUCGACUUCCUCGGGCGCAACAAUCAGUCCCACGAGUCCUCCCCGCACCGUCUCCCCACGAACAGCGAUGUUGAAGAAUAUGGUCGGCAAACAAACUUCCGCAUCACCGAAAAUCUUCCCACAGAAAACCUCUCUCUUCACAACCAUCCCCUCACAAUCCCUUUCCUCACCACCAUACUCCCCACCCUCAUCUGUCCCCAGCUCAACUUCCAACCCCAACUCCAUCCAGUCCCUCCCCUCCAAUCCCUCCAUCCAAAUCUCUAAUGGAACAGAGACAUCGCACGUCUCGCCCAUCUCUCCAGCCGGCACAAUGCUAUCGUAUACCUCCAACCGCGCCCCAGACUCGGGGCUUUUGGCUGUGAAGCCAUUAUCGGAAGAUCAAGUUGCGGAAUACCGUUUUUGGAGACCGUGUGGGAGGAGGAGUUGUGCGUUUGGGUGUGGGAGCAAGGAUGUUGGGGAAUGGGGGGCAGCGAGAAGGUUAUUUAAGGGGGAGGAGGAGGUUGUGGAUGAUGAGGGGUUUGGGAAGGGUGAGAGUGAAGGGCAGGAGGGUGAGGAUGAAGGCGGGAAGGGGGGGAAUAUUGAUGAGGAGAGGGAUAUGCGUGCUUCCGGAGAGAACUGA